AUGCCCUUCCGCCAGCUCGCUGCCAUCAACUUUAAAAACUUUGUUCGCCAGCAAUGGGACAACGAAGACUCGGCCGUGAGCGCUGAGGAUCGCCAAGCCAUCAAGUCCCAAAUCAUUGACCUGAUGCUCGUCUCGCCCGAGGCGCUUCAAGUGCAGCUCUCCGAGAGCAUCGCCAAGAUUGCUCUGUGCGACUUUCCGGAAAACUGGCAGACCCUCCUCCCCCACCUCGUCUCCAAGUUUGACCAGCCCGACUUUCACUCCAUCAACGGCGUGCUUCGCACAAUGAACCCCUUGUUUCGCCGUUAUCGGUUCGCGCAACGCUCUGAUCGUCUGUGGAGCGAGAUCAAAUAUGUGCUCGACCUAACCGCACAGCCUCUGACAACUCUGUUUCAAAACACCUUUGAUCUGGUCAAGCAAAACGAAGGCAACAUCAGCACGUUGAAGGUGCUCAUCGACUCUAUCCGUCUCAUUUGCGAAGUGUUCUACAGCCUCAACUACCAGGACUUGGCUGCUUUCUUCGAGGACAACAUGUCCACGUGGAUGGAAGGGUUUGCCGCCGUUCUCGAGCUUCCUGAGAACAAGGCCCUCAUGGCUGACAUUGAAGAUACGCCUGGCGUCCUCGAGCUGGCCAAGGCCCAAAUUUGCACAAACAUCAGCCUCUAUGCCUCCAAAUAUGACGAGGAGUUUGCGCCACACUUGCCUCGUUUUGUGCAGAUUGUUUGGGAGUUGUUGACUACGACCAGCCUCGAAACCCGCUACGAUGGGCUCGUCAGCACGGCGCUCUCCUUCCUGGCCAGCGUGAGCGAGCGUGAGGCCAACAAGGAGCUGUUUGCCAACCAGGAGACGAUGCAGACCAUCUGUGAAAAGGUCAUCGUGCCCAACGUGAUGUUUCGCCCCGAGGAUGAAGAAAUCUUUUCCGACAAUCCCGAGGAGUACAUCCGUCGUGAUAUUGAGGGCUCGGACAUUGACACCCGCCGCCGUGCUGCUAGCGACCUCGUUCGCGGCUUGUGCAAGUUUUGGGAAGAGCCUGUGACCUCGAUUUUCUCCGUUUACGUGACACAACUACUUCAGGAGCACAGCACCGACGCCACCAAGUGGAAGCACAAAGAUGCCGCCGUCUUUCUGAUCAUUGCCCUGGCCGUGCGAACCAAAACGACGUCACAAGGCACAACUGCCCUCAACUCAAUGAUCAAUGUGGUCGACGUCUUUCAUUCCACCAUCCUGCCUGAGCUGCAGGAUGGCGAUGCCAACAAGAACGUGGUCCUCAAGGCGGAUGCCAUCAAGUAUCUCGUCAGCUUUCGCAAUCAGGUAGGGAAGGAUCUUGACAAAUGCCUUCAACUCCAUUUGUACCAAGGCCGCAAGCUGGGCCCGGAAAUUCAUGCGGGCUGCUUUCCACUCUUGAUCAAUUUGCUGAGCAGCGAUGAGCCAGUCGUUGUAUCCUACGCCGCACAUUGCAUCGAGCUGCAGUUGCUGCUCAAGGUGAACGACGCACCCGUCCUUUCGCGCGAGGUGCUGGCUGCCAACAUGGAGGCACUGUUGAGCAAUCUGUUCAGUGCGCUCGGUCAAGUCAAGAAUGCCGAGAAUGAGUACUUGAUGAAAACCGUCAUGCGCACCAUUGCCAUGGGCGAGGAGCUGGUCAUUCCCUACAUCGCCAUCAUCGUGGAGCGCCUCUCGCUGAUUCUCAUGGAGGUGGCCAAAAAUCCUGGUCGCCCUCGUUUCAACCAUUUUAUGUUCGAGUCCUUUGCAGCUGCCAUCCGUGCCACGUGUCACAAUAACCAGGAUGCCAUCGCCAGCUUUGAGUCCGCCUUGUUUCCUCCUUUCGAGCAGCUGCUCACGGGUGAUGUCAUUGAGUUUCAGCCUUAUGUGUUUCAGCUCUUGGCCCUUUUGCUGGAGCUGCGCACAAAGGGCAUUCCCCAGUCGUACGCAGGCCUGCUGCCUUUCCUGCUGGCCCCUGCCAUGUGGGAAUCGCGAGCCAACAGCACGCCGCUCGUGCGUCUGCUUUCGGCCUACAUUACCAACGGCGGCGACGAGCUGUUCACUGCUGAGAACAAGCAGCUCGAUGGCAUGCUUGGCGUGUUCCAAAAGCUCAUUGCAUCCAAGGUGGAUGACCACAAUGGCUUUGAGCUGUUGAUGAAUUUGAUUGAUGGCGUCUCACCUCAAAUGCUGGAGCCCUACUUUGGCAACAUUGUCCAAUUGCUCAUGACCCGCAUGCAGGCCGCGCGCACGACCAAGUUUACACGUUGCUUGGCCGUGUUGGUCGGCUUUCUCAGCCUCAAGCGUGGCCCCAGCGCCACCAUUCAGCUCUUUGACAACAUUCAGCAGGGCCUCUUUGGCAUGUUGCUGCGCCGUUUGAUUGAGGUGAUGCAGCAAGUCCCCUCCCAACGGGAUCGCAAAGCCAUCAUCCUGGGCAUGACCAAGCUCUUGGUGGAGGCGCCAGAAUUGCAGGGGCCUUAUGCCGAGCAUUGGGGUGCCACACUGACUGGCAUCUUCAAGCUGCUCGAACUGCCCAUUGAAGCUGCCAAGCCAGAGGAGUUGAGCUUUGAAGAGGACGAAGGUGGUUACAAGGCCACCUACAGCCGCCUUGCUUUUGCAGGCUCGGGCGAGCGAGACUUUUGUGCUGAGGUGCAGGAUCCUAAGGCGGCUGUUGUGCAGCAAGUGCAUGCCUUUGCACAAAGCCAUGCCGGCGCGCUUGCAAGUGUUCCAGCAGAUGUCCAAGCCGUCCUUCAGCAGUAUUUCCAGGCCAUGGGCUUGCCAGCUGUAGCUUGAACUUGAGCCAUCUACAAGUCAGCUUAAGGACUCCAGGAGAGGUUCACCAAGCUAGAAAGCAAUCAGACCAGAAAAUUUACGUGCGCGUCAGCUCUUGUGCUUGACACGUUCGCCCGACCGUCGGUCCUGAGCCGCCAGCAUGUCUGCCAGCGU